GAGGCAAAGGCAGUUGGCCGGUUUUGCUUAAUUGUCAUGCCCAUCUCCAACGUCUACCUUCGGAAACUCCGCUAACCUAAACACCCCCGGCGCAUUAUAAAUCUCCACCGCUUCACUCUCAUUCAUAUAUAUAUAUAUAUGCAAGCUCGUCUCUUUCACCAUCACCAAUAUCACCACCACCCGCUUAUCCUGCGCACUCUCUCGCCCACCACCAUUAACAACACCAUGAGCUCCUCUCUCACUCUUCCCUCAGUUUCUCUCUCUCUCUCUGGUUCGUCUAGGAGGAGCUGCAGUUGCUCCUCAUUUUCGAGUUUCAGAAAUGGAAUUCGAAGCUUCGGCCCCAGGAAUCUUAAUCGAUCUAGGGUCUUCAUGAGCGUUUCGGUUGGAUCGCAGACUGUGGUUCACGAUGGCUUGUUUUCUGAUUAUAAACCCACACUCGCUUUCCUCUUCCCAGGCCAAGGUGCUCAAGCAGUAGGAAUGGGAAAGGAGGCACAAAAUCUACCUGCAGCUUUAGAGUUAUACAAGACUGCAAAUGAUAUUUUAGGUUUUGAUCUUCUAGAUAUUUGCAUCAAUGGACCAAAAGAGAAGCUAAACUCAACUGUUAUAAGCCAGCCUGCUAUCUAUGUCACAAGCCUAGCCGCUGUAGAGCUGCUACGUGCGCGUGAGGGAGGUCAGCAAAUCAUUGAUUCUGUUGAUGUUGCAUGUGGUCUUAGCUUGGGAGAAUAUACUGCUCUAGCUUUUUCAGAGGCCUUUAGUUUUGAGGAUGGGCUCAAGCUGGUCAAACUACGAGGAGAAGCCAUGCAGGAAGCUGCAGAUGCUGCAAAAAGUGCUAUGGCCAGUAUCAUAGGGCUGGACUCAGAAAAGGUUCAACAAUUGUGCGAUGCAGCUAAUCAAGAAGUCGAUGAUGAAGAUAGAGUUCAUAUUGCAAAUUACCUAUGUCCCGGAAAUUAUGCUGUGUCUGGAGGUUUAAAAGGAGUGGAAGCAGUAGAAGCCAAGGCAAAGUCAUUUAAAGCUCGCAUGACGGUGCGCCUAGCUGUUGCUGGCGCUUUCCACACUAGUUUCAUGGAACCAGCUGUAUCGAGAUUAGAAGCUGCAUUAGCAGCAACUGAGAUCAGAACUCCAAAAAUACCAGUCAUCUCUAAUGUCGAUGCACAGCCACAUGCAGAUCCUGAGACAAUUAAGAAGAUAUUGGCUCGUCAGGUGACUUCUCCUGUUCAAUGGGAAAUAACUGUCAAGACACUCAUGGACAAGGGACUGGAGAAGAGUUAUGAAUUAGGACCGGGAAAGGUUAUUGCGGGCAUCAUCAAGAGAAUUAACAAAGGUGCAGACAUUGAGAAUGUAGCUGCCUGAGAAGGCGAUCAUACGGAAAUUCUUGUGCGGUCACCACCAUGAGAUUACAAUAUAGUAUUUGAAUGUCUUGAUUAGUUUUUCUUGUUCGGCCAACCAAGGAAAGGAAGGCAUUUGGAGUGAAUUCUUUUUUUUUUUUUUGGAUAGUGAGACUAGUAUUAUUAUAUUGUAGUCUUUUUUGUAGAAUAAAGUAGUUUAAUAUAUAAUGCAAAAGAACCUUUAAAUUC